AUGUCUGCGUUGAAAGUUGUUUCAUCAAAGCUUGCUGCUGAAAUUGACAAAGAAUUGAUGGGUCCUCAAAUCGGAUUCACUUUACAACAGCUUAUGGAAUUAGCUGGGUUUAGUGUCGCACAGGCUGUAUGUCGGCAGUUUCCCCUGAGCGGAAAGACUGAAACGGAAAGGGGGAAGCAUGUAUUUGUUAUAGCCGGCCCAGGUAACAAUGGUGGAGAUGGCCUUGUGUGCGCAAGACAUCUAAAACUUUUUGGUUACAACCCUAUUGUUUAUUACCCCAAGAGGAGCGAGCGCACUGAGUUCUACAAACAACUAGUCCACCAGUUGAAUUUCUUCAAAGUUCCAAUACUAUCUCAGGAUGAGGAAAACUGGCUGGAAUAUUUGAAGCCAGAAAAGACUUUGUGUAUUGUGGAUGCUAUAUUUGGCUUUAGUUUCAAACCCCCCAUGAGAGAACCAUUCAAGAGCAUUGUCGAAGAACUAUGCAAACUACAAGAUCGUAUCCCAAUCGUUUCAGUGGACGUCCCCACAGGCUGGGACGUUGACAAAGGUCCUAUCUCACAGCCCUCAAUCAACCCUGCCGUACUUGUUUCUCUAACCGUGCCUAAACCGUGCAGCAACCAUAUUAGAGAAAACUUUACAACUCAUUAUGUUGGGGGAAGAUUCAUUCCUCGAGAUUUCGCUAAUAAAUACGGCUUUGAGCCAUUUGGAUAUGAAUCCACAGACCAAAUAUUAAAAUUGUGA